AUGUCGCCGCCAGGCCCGGGGCGCCCGGGCGGGGCUGGGCCCGAGGCCGGGUCCGGAUCCGAGUCCGGGUCCGUGCUGCGCUCGGUCAACACGCGGGAGCUCUCCGAGGUCGUGUUCAACAACCACAGCCCCCGCUGCGUGCUGCCCGUCUGGCUGGACUUCGAGGGCCGGCCGCGCUGCUACCCGGUGCUGCAGCCGCGCAGCGGGCGCGUCAUGCGCAGCUACCGGGGGCACCUCUGGCUGUUCCGGGAUGCAGGGACCUAUGAUGGGCUGCUCGUCAACCAGCAGGAGCUGUUCGUGGCAGCCCCCAAUGUGACCAAAGCUGACAUCACACUGCCAGUGUUCACCCUGAAGGAGAGGUGUCUGCAGGUUGUGCGCAGCCUGGUCAGCCCCGUGGACUACAGGAAACUGGACAUUGUUCAGUCGCUAUACGAAGAGCUGGAGGAUCAUCCUGACAUUUGGAAGGAUCUUCGGCGGCUCUCUCUGGAGAGGAGUGAAGCACUGAGGAACUAAAUUGUGGAAUAACAGCAUUAUUCACUUCAGACUCCUCAUUACAAACCUCUGAGUGAGCAGUGAGAGUCGCCAGGACACACACCAGCUGAUGCCUCCGUUUAACGUUUUGAAACAUAAACUCAGUAACUUUGGUGACAGUUAAAUCCCAAAGACUGAACAGCACUGGGAGGCAUGCUGGGUUCUGAUGGUUCAGUUAAUUUCUUCAUUGCAGCUAUCGCAAACUGUAGGGUAAGAUCAGGGCAGCUAAAUGGAAAAUAUUCAUACAAAGUAAUUUUCAUUGUAGUAGAAAGCAAAUUACGCCAAGGAUUAAUUUAGCCCAGACUAAUGGUUUUAAGAGUCAUGAGUGUUGUUUGAGUAAUUUGUUUUGAUGGAAUUUCCCUUUCACAUGGUGCCUCAAUGUGCCUGUGGGUCACAGAGCAUGAGGGGUUUGUACAUGAGGUUUGUUUUCUAGCAGUGCCUGAGGGUCUGACAAACGUUACACUGGUGGAAAGAUGAUGUGUAAAUGCUUGCAGGUUAUUCUGCCUCUUACCUUUCCAUGUACAAAACCAUGUCCUAUCAGCUCUAGGUCUGACAUGUUUUUACUGUCAUCAUACCUCAAAUGCCUUAUUUGCCUUUGUCGUAGGAUUCUUGCCUGGCUGAUCUCAGCCCCACAGAGCAGACCCUCAUUUUGGAACACCCUUGUCCCCCACAGCUGCUUCCCCAGCAGCCUGUGCAGGGUUCACAGGAGGUGGAGGCUUUAAGUUCUGUCUUUUCCCCUGGCAGUGCUGUAGUCCAGGUUGUAGUAGGAGGCCUUUUCAGGGAGCGUGGCCUCUUGAGCUGCCUGUGUCUUCUCAGGACCCAUGGGAGCUGUACUGGCUCACACAAGCCAGCUCACAAACAGGGCCGUGCUUGCGGCAGGCUGGAGAUGUAUUCCCCACAUCUCAGCGGAAUGUGCUCUGGUGUGAACACAGAGAGUUCAAAGCAGCGUAGUUUAGUGUUACAUGAAUUGUCCAUCAAGCAAGAUGUGGUGCAGCUCAGGUUAGAAGCAGAUUGGAUAGAUUAACUAAAGCAGGUUAUUUCUGUGAAUAUGUUUCUCUCCAGUUGUACAUUUUGAGAAUAGCUGUGAAACCGAGAAUCUCAAUGUAUUUUGUAAGUAUGCAAUGUCUCCCUAUUUGUAAACUUGUUUGUGUUAUAUAUUUGAAGAAAUUGAUCUUUGACAUAAAAAUGGAAAUGCCUGCUA